CAUUCCUUCAACGAGAACAAGAAGAUCGGGAGGAUAAAGUGAGGAAUAUCAGUCCACCGGAAGAACUCGCAAAGAAAACUACUCCUGCUGUAAAGAUGCAGCCGGAAAAGCUCGUGUCGAUGGCGACACUUCAGCCUCCAAAUGCAUCCGUCACUCCAUCAUAUAUGGAUUCUUUCAACUCAACAGAGUGGCAGCUAGUCUACUCCAUUAUUCCACCGUACAUCUUCACCGUGUGCUUGACGGGAAUUCUGGGAAAUUCUUUCGUAUUGCUAGUGUUCUUGCUCCAGGGAAGCCGAUGGUCCGUCCCUGAGAUCUACCUCGGUAAUCUGGCGCUGGCUGACCUUAUUCUGCUAGUCUGUCUGCCUUUUUGGGCCAUGAACAUCCUUAACUAUUUCAUGUGGUCUUAUGGGGAGGUCAUGUGCAAAGUGGUCAACCUCUCCAUCGUCGUCAACAUGUACAGCAGCAUCUACAUGCUGGUCAUGGUGAACGUGGACCGCUACCUUGCGCUCGUCUUGACCAUGAAGGCUCGAUGGCUGCGGCGGAAACGCUACGCUAAGCUCAUUUGUGUUGUUCUUUGGCUGUUUGGUGUGGGAAUGGGUUUCCCGACUGCCUGGAUGCGAAAACUGGAAGACAUUCCGGCUCACCGAGCCGUCGAAUGCAUCCUGGAUUAUCCCAGCAAAAGUUGGAGAGUAGCUCACUAUAUGCAGCUAAACCUGGUGGGCUUUGCUCUGCCGUUCCUGAUCAUCACAUUCUGCUGUUGCAACAUCGUCCGAGCCUUGAAGCGAAGGAGAGACAAGGUGAAUUGUGAAGACAGAAACGACAGGAAGGCUACAAUCCUGGUGUGCGCCGUCACCCUGUUCUUCCUCGUCUGCUGGGGUCCGUUUCACUUCGUAGCUUUCAUUGAUCUACUCUGUGAUCUGAAAGUUUUGGAUGAGGAUAUGUGGAACCACUUUCUCAAUAUUGGACACCAGUUUUCCGUAUACUUGGCGUUCUCAAACAGCUGCCUGAAUCCGGCGCUCUAUGUUUGCUCUGGAAACUAUUUCAAGAGGAAAGUCAGCAGCAUCUAUAACAGAAGAAAACACUCCUCGGAAGUGACUACUCAACAGCGGACGGUUUUAACAUCUACGACAACUGCCAAUCAAAUCAAGCCUGUUGUGUUAUACGAGAAAGACUAGAUCGGGAUUUUUACAACACAGCCAUG